CCCCAGUCCUUUUCAGGAAUACGCUAGCUUGAAAGCUUCCAGCUAAAAAACUCCAAGCUACACCAAGUAUACAGUCAUCUCGAAGAGCUUCUUCGAUGGCACAAAUGGCAGAGCAAGACAUGAACACCGUGUCCAGAAGAGUGGCUUCGGUGGCCCAACACUUCAUUCCGGUUCAUUUGCCUUCCAAUGAAUCCGGUUCCCUCGGGUUAUCUAACACCUCCAAUAUAAACGACAGCUACCAUCGGGUACACGGUGAAGUUCCAACUCACCCGGCUGUGUGGAGAUCGGUUGCUCGCGAUGACUCCGGCAAGGAGUUUCAGUUCACCGAUAUUAUCUAUGAGAAAGCCGAGGGCGAGGGGAUCGCAAAGAUUACGAUCAAUAGGCCAGAGAGACGUAAUGCGUUCAGGCCACAGACAAUAAAGGAGCUGAUUGUGGCGUUUAAUGAUGCUAGGGAUGAUAAUACUAUCGGAGCUAUCAUUUUUACCGGCAAGGGAACCCAGGCAUUCUGUAGUGGGGGUGACCAGGCUGUGAGGAAGGCAGAUGGUUAUGCUGAUUACGACAAAUUUGGUCGUCUUAAUGUUUUAGAUUUGCAGGUGCAGAUCCGUCGCCUUCCUAAGCCAGUGAUUGCAAUGGUUGCAGGCUAUGCUAUUGGAGGAGGGCAUAUACUACACAUGGUCUGCGAUAUAACCAUUGCAGCGGAUAAUGCUAUUUUUGGCCAAACUGGUCCUAAGGUUGGAAGCUUUGAUGCUGGUUAUGGAAGUUCCAUCAUGGCCACUUUGAUUGGCCCUAAAAGAGCACGUGAAAUGUGGUUUUUGGCAAGGUUCUACACAGCUCCUGAAGCAGAGAAAAUGGGACUCGUUAACACUAUUGUGCCGCUAGAGAGUUUAGAGCAAGAAACAGUUAAAUGGUGCCGGGAGAUCGUAAGAAACAGCCCAAUGUCAAUUCGGGUGCUGAAAUCAGCUCUUAAUGCAGUUGAUGAUGGCCAUGCUGGGCUUCAGCAACUUGCUGGAGAUGCUACACUCCUAUUUUAUGGCUCCGAAGAAGGUAUUGCAGGGAAGACAGCAUAUCUGGAACACAAACGCCCCGAUUUCUCAAAAUUUCCAUGGAGGCCUUGAUUCUGUGCAACUCCUUUUCAUGGCUUUACCAGCAUCAUUUAUAGAUCACUCGGUCGCUAGGUGCUGAUAUGACCUAAUUCUUUCCUUGCAAUGGAGGGAAUUUCAGAUUAUUGCAUGCCCACUAGUCUUAUCAUCUGCGUUUUAUUUCUUAGUACGUCAUUGCUGAUUUUGUUUUUGUCAUUUAGAUAACUUGUUUAGGAGACGAACCUCCAUUCCAAUAAAAAGAUCGAGACUAUGGCAAUUUAUUUUUUACAAUUA